AUGUCGGCCGGGCUGGGCCUCGAUGAGUACGAGGUCAGCCGGAAGCCAGGCCUGUCUUUGGAGGGAUGGCUGGCAUGGAGAGGGAAGGAAGGAAGCCGUCCCGCCCAAAGGAAGGGGGAUACGGCGGGGACAACGGGAAAGUUUGAAGCAGAGCUUUGGCGGAGCACCAUGGAAAGGAUUUAUGGAGAAGAUUGGCGAGCUGAGCUGGAUGCGAAGGAGCUUGCUGAACUGGCCGCCUCCUCAGAUGAUGGUGAUGAAGAUGAGGAAGAGGAAGAAUUGAUGCCAGAGGCUCCGAUGCCAGGAGCAGCGCCGAAGGCUUUUCCUCAGGCGGCAGCGGUGCAGCGCUCUUCGUCGCCCGCUGCGUCUAGGAUGAGCUCCUCCGUGGGAGACGAAGGAGACGUGGUUGCUCGGUUGAAGGCUAGGCUUGAGACACCCUUUGUUCCUCAACUUGAGGACUUGGAAAGCUACUCUAGCCGGGUGCAGCGAAUCGGGGAAGCUUUGAGUCAGCUGAACUCUCCGGUCCCUGAAGGGGAAAUGGAGAAGACGUUGUUUAGAGCUGAGGUGACCGGGGAGCUCGAAGGAGCCUCGGACCCCCUGAGGCACCUGAAGGCUGCGGUGUCGAGUGCUCCGAGCAAGCCUGCCUGCCCUGUCUCUUUGGAGUUACGCGGCGGCGGUGGUUCCGGGUCAGGGGACCCGCUGGCCGACUUGCUUACAAAGCAGACGGAACUGUUGAAGCUGGCGCUUGAGAAGAAGCCGCCAAAACGUUCGACAAUCCAGGUGACGCCGAAGGUGCAAUGGCCGGUGCUGGAUGAUGAUUGCUCGGACUUUAGGUCUGUGCAAGAGUUUUACGACCAGUUUGAGGCGACAAUAGCGUUGGCCAAUGAUGGCAGCACUUACGAGCUGAUCUACAAGAGACACCUCAACGACGGCCUCCUCAAGAGGGACCCUGGAGCUGUGUACUCCGCGGUGAAGCAGAAGCAUCUGCUUUUCGCGGAGACAAGGGAGGAGAAGGAGCUCCGAGUCCUGGAUGAUUGGGAGAGGCUUCACAAAGGGCGCUUGUCAGCGCACCAGUGGGAAGUGUUGUGGGAGGAGAAGCUCGGAGAAAGAGAAGCUGUGGGCCUAGGCAUGACUGCCCGAGAAAACCUGAUCCAGUACCUGAGGAAGAUCGGGGACCAGUUGUCACGAGAGGUUCGCAAGGACAAGCGUUACCGAGAAGGUGCGACUGGAGCGCGAGAGUUUCGCGGUGUGGCGACGUGGGAAGAGGCGCAUGAAGUAGUGAAAGAGUAUGAGGCUAUGAAUGCAGGGCAGAGAGCUCUCCAGAACUCCUCCUUGUCAGUGGGAGGUCCUCAGGAUGCGAGUUCGCCCGGGGACUCCGCUGACAAGAGAAAGAAGAAGAAGAAAAAGGGAGAAGGAGAAGCUGACAGCAGCAUGCCUCUGGAUGCUAAUGCAAAGAAGAAGAAGAAAGUUUGCCUCUUGAUGCGCGACCACGGGAGUUGCAAGCACGGAGACCGGUGUGAGUACAGCCACGAAAAGAGCCUUGUUGAAGCUGAAAGGAAGAAGAAGAAGGAAGCCGACAAGGCUAAAGGGAACGACAGCGCUGCCGCGAGUUCUUCCAAAGGUAAGGGAAAGAAGGACAAGGACAAAGACAAAGACAAGAAGGGCAAAGGAAAGGGUGACCGAAAGGAGGCUUGCAAGUUUUGGCUGACAGUUCGAGGGUGUGACAAAGGGGAUGCCUGCCCGCACAAGCAUGACAAGGGAGCCAAGCAGAGGUUCCUGGCGGAGAUUGCUAAGGCAAAGGGUACAGGCGUCCCUGGAGUGCAGCUUGCCACGACCGACGGGCCUAGUGGUGUGGGUGCCUCGGCCAUGGCGUGCGAGAACCCGUUUGUCUGUUUCGAGUCUGCGCCGUUGGAGGGCGGGCUGCAGUGGAGCGUUCCUGCCCCUGCGGCCGCCGACUCCAUCGCGCGUGCGCAGCCUUCGCCUGCUCCGAAGGAAAAGAACAAGAAGAAAGAGAAAGCGAAGGCGGGAAGCGACGUUGCGAAGGAGGACUUCAACGGCAUAGACGACUUGCCGAAGAGUUGGUUUGUUGACACGCCUAACUCUCGGGGCGGCUACCAGUACAAGACGGAGGUCGAGAUCUUCGGAAGGAAAGUGGCCUGCAUGCUGGACACCUGCGCAGGAUGUAACUCGGUGACUGAAGAAAUGGUCGUUGGAAUGAUCAGGGUUGCCUUGAAAGCUGGAGUUCGCCCGAGCAGCACGGAGUUUCCCGUGGCAGCUCUGGAGCGAUGGGAGGUCCCAGAGGUGGUGAACGGCCUGGCGAAAGACUCGCCGCUUCCGCUGAAAGGAGGCUGGUUGAUCCUAGGAGGAAGGGCCUUGGACUCGGCAGACCGGGGAGGCCUGGGCUUCCACCCAGGAGCUACUGCGCACGUGUUGGAAGGUGUGGACAUCCACCUGCCGCACAUGGAGGAGACGGAGUCUUUUACGGACAAAGCGUAUCCUUAUGUGGCGCAGAUGGUGACGCACUACGACCAGGUCUGGAGUGCGUGCCCAGAGGAAAGGAAGGAGAGUGCGAGCGAGGAGCCUGGCCCGAAAGGGCUGGGCCUCAUCGCCUCGCAGAGCCUGUCCGUGCAUGCUGGGGACGUUGGGACUUGGGCGGAGGCUGCUCCGGGGCUUUGGCCGUUGGGCUCUGAGAAAGGCUUCGUGUUCCUGGAAGCUGCGAAAGAACAUGGGUUCGAGGUAGAAGCAGGCAUGCCGGUUGCGAUGGUCUCUCCGAGGGUCGCAGUGCAAACGGCGUGCAGUGUCUGCGGAGCAGUGACUGCUGAAGCCUGGACGUAUCCGGAGCUUUGCCCUCAUGGCAAGGCACUGCGGGAGCGAAGCGGUCAAGCUGGUGAAGGGGGAAUGCCCGCAAUGCGCGGCGGCCACUGGUGCAGCGAGUUCGCGCCCGGGGCGCCCGCGCGGCGGGGCAGCCCUCGCUUUCGCAGCGCUUUGGACGAUGAUUUCGUGGCUUACUCCGGAAGAUCCCUGCCGACGGACGAGUACUACUCGUUGCUCCGUGCGGACAUGGGAGCGAGGCACCCUAAGGUCGACCCUCACCUGCUGGAUCACUUGGAGACCUUGGAAGCUUUCUUGGAUACGUCCAUAAUGGCCGGUGUGAGCUUUGGGAUUGAGAAGGCUAAGAUAGCAGUGAUCGAAGGAGAACUGCUUGGUCAUGUGGUUGGCAGGCGUGGUGCGCCGGUCCAGAAAGAAAAGACGCACGCGAUAGUGAGGUUUCCGCCGCUGAAAGAGAAGGUUCAGGUGCAGCAGUUCUUGGGCUGCACUAACUUUCUUCGGUAUUACCUCCAACCCCAAUAUGCGCAUUGCGCCAAGAUUCUUGGCGAGUACGUCAAAGGGAAGGAAUUCCCUGAGGCGGGCUUGGGGCCUGGAGAAUCUUUGGGAGAUCUCGCUGUGCGCGCUAUCAAAUUGAUGGCGAAGCGCACAAUAGAAUUGUCUGUGGUGGAUGAGAUCGCCGCGAUCUGUGGUCAACGACCGUUGGAACAGAUUGCAGACAGUUCUGGAUACGCUGUGGGUGGAGUGGCAGUGCAGAUGCGGGAGGACCUGUGUGGAUUCAAUGUAUUGUGCACGCACUCCAAGGGGCUUACCCCACCCCAACAAGCGUGGGCGCCACUGAGCUUAGAGACAUAUGCUCAACUGGAAGUCCGUCGGGCGGUGAAGGGUAUGCUGGGCCCCUUGAGGUGCAUCAUGUGGACCGACCACAGUAACCUUACUCGCCUUCAGACAAGCGAGGAGAUCCAGCCAAAACACCUGAGAUGGCUUUCGGAGCUCCUGGCUGACGGCUCGACCUUGAGAAGUUUGAGUGGGAGGUCGGCCCGGCUUGCGGAUGGGUUGUCGAGGAAUCCUCCCGAGCGGGACGAACUCCUGCAGCAGAGAACGAAAGACCUUCAAGGACUCAUUGGCCAACUCCGAGGAUUUUCCUUGGAAGAGUUUCUUGGGGAGGAAGUCGGGGAAAGUGAUCCCUUGGUCUCUGCUGAGCGAGCGUCCGGGGUCCUUGGAUCGUUCCGACCAGGGGCUGUGCCUGUCCUGAAGGUGUUGUAUGUGCCAGACUACUGCACGGAAGGAGAAAUCUCGCUGGAAGAACCCCCGUUUGAGGAUAUCGACGGGACUGGCCUGCAUUUUGAGCGGCAGGGCAAGGCCCGGCUGACGGGCCGGAAGCUGGCCAAUGCGGUCAGGGUGGACCUGUUUACCUCAGUUGCCAAGCUUUUGCGUGAGCUGGCGACUCACCGACCAGCGGUGGUGGUGGGAAGAGAUGAGAGCCGAGCGGUUGCUGCGGCUUGGGGAGCAGUUAAGCUAGCCGUGGUUGAAGUGCCGCGGUUGAGCCGAGCGAAACCUGGAUGGACGGUCCUGAAAGAAGGAUGUCCUGAGUUUAAGCUUGAGUCCCCUAUUGAGCCGUGGCCAGUGGAAGCUGUGCUGCCCAAAGGCACCCCGAACGUGGUGGAACUCAAGUCGGCCUGCGAAGAACUGAAGGUGUCAGUGGCUGAGAAGAUGGGAACUACGGCCUGGGGUCCUUGGUUGGAACGAGAGACGAAGGAAGCUUGGGAGCAUAGUGGAGUCUGCGCUUGUGGGCGCAGGACCGCGCUGUUCGGCCAGUGCAUGAAGUGCAGUGCUGAGGAUCUGAGCGAAGACCGAGCCUCAAUAACACCCGAAGCGGGAUUCGUUCCUGGCGUCGAGGUGUUGGCCGGUGGGUCGUCAGAAACCCCUCGAGUCGAGCUCUGCCGAGGCGAGCUCCAGGCGUGGCUUCUAAGCGGUGAUCGGAAGAAUCUGUUGAAAGGAAUGGUUUUGGUCGAGGUCCGCUGGAAGCGAGGGGAAAGGCUGUUGGUGGAUAAGCCAGAUGGCUGGAGAAACCGAACCGGAGUGACUGUGUACACUUUGGACGGGAAACUCCCUCUGGAGCUGUGUCACGUAGUGAGUCCGAAGUGGCCUCUGGACCUUACCCAGCAGUGGCGAAGGAAACCUGGGGACCAGUUCUGGGUCCAGCGCUGGACGGUCGUGGAAAAGACUUUGCACGAAAUUGCCCAGUACGCGAGAGAUCGUGGAGGCUUGGACGAAGCCGGCCGCGACUGCAAAGAGGCUUUGGAAAGCUUCUUCGCGUUCGCCGGCCACUACGCCCGCGGGCUAGUGGUGGUUUGGGAGCAAUUGCCCGAGCGGUUCCGAAAGGGAGCCGAGAGCAACGUGCUAUGGUUUGAAGAAAGACCGGAAGGAGGAUGGACUUGGAAGUUUGAGAAGGUCGGCCCGGGGCACCAACCGAGAAUCGAAGGAAGGAUUUAUUUGGUGCUGGGAGCGGAAACGCGCGACCGGGAACGGCUGUUGCUGGUUCCCGGGUCGCCGCCGAUCCCUUAUAGUUUCCAUAAAGCAGGAGACGCCCCGAGGGGCUCGAGAGGGUUUCCCUCCGAGUCCUCGGAGGCUGAGGACAAAGCAGCCAGGGUGCCGGAGCGUUGGCUGGAGAGCGCAUUCGAGCACCGUGAAGGGCUCCAGGUCCCGUUCCAAAGGAAUUGCCAUAGACCAUGCUCUCUCCAGAUCUCGCGGAGCGAUCCCCGCUUGCGUGGGCGUCGUGGCAAGAAGAAACUCUACCACGGGGAGGAGCUCGCUCCAUUCAUGGGGGUAAGCCCCACAAACGUCAUGAAGCAGAACUCCGAGCAACUUCUGCGAUUCUUGGUGAAGCCACUCGCAAGACCCGAGGCACUUCGAGAACGCGCGGCGAACUUCCUGCUUGGUGAGGUCGGCUCCCACCUUGAAGUCUGUUCGGUCCUGCAGUUCGCCCCGGGUCUUCUCUCUCGCCCGGGCUGGGAGCCGGUGUCGGAAUAUGCGGCGCGGCUGUUCAGGCGCUACAGGGAGCUCCGCGUAAAGGUUUUGAACCACAGAGCCAGCGAAUCGGCUAAAAGAGCCUCCCUGCUCAACCGCUUCCGAGUGUCCAAACAGCUCGCGGUGGGUGACGUGGUGGUCCUCCGAGACCCCCGCACCACCCGAGCUGGGGGGCGGACUCCUUGGCGUAAGCAGUUGACAGGGCCUUACACGGUGGUACAAAUUUCGCCUAGCGGGAACAAGCUGGAGUUGAAAGAUGAAGCUACCGGGAAGAUCCAAGAAGCCAACGUGGAAAAUGUGGUGCUUCUUCCUCCAGGGUACAAGAGUUGGGAAGCAACGGGCGAUUCCGAGAAGCCGGAGUCGCGUCCUAUGAGGUUUCGGGAGCAGGAAGAGAUACCUGCCGCGGAGGUGGUCGAGCCUGGGGCUGUUUCAGCCCAGGAGACGCUUUCGGUCCAGAGAGUCAUCAUGAAGGUCGAGCUGCUGAAGCAUGGGGUGUUAAACCACGCUGCAGCUCGGCGUUUGGACAGUGCCGGAUAUAAGUUCGCUCGGCAAAGCGUGGAGCAGCAAGCUCUGAGCUUGAGUUUGAAGGAGAUGCAGCAGGAGGAGUGGUGGAAGGAGGUGCUUCAGCCCUCCGCCAUCCUCCUGGGAGAGUCUGACAGCAAAGAGGUGAAUCUUACGGACCCCAAGGGAGUCGUUUCGGAGUUCGAGAUUCCGGGAAAGGCGCUGACGACUGCCGAGUUGGAGCAGUUGGCUAAAGAAGCUACCGUGAAGUGGAGCAAAGCCGGGAAAGCCAAAUCCUGGGAUGAGAUUCGAGCCCCCUUGGAAGUGUACCGGUUCGGCGGGGUACAGCUUACGGAGCACCCUCGGAGAACCGAGGAAUAUGGCGCGAAGGUGGUUGAUGGGUGUGACCUCAAGCACCUUAAGGUCGAAGAGGCAGCGGCGGUACGAGAGGUCCUUAGCCGAAAGGCGGGAGCCUUCUGGCUGCCUGGAAGCCCGCGGACCACAAUCCUCCACAUGCAGCACGAUAUUGUUCCUUCGCGCUCCCCGGUGAAGACGCCUCCGCAUAGUUGA